AGGAGGGAGGGAGGACCGGCCGGAGGGUCCAUCCGUCCAUCCGUCCAUCCCGGCGGGCGUCCGGCCGGCUGUCCGGGCAGGGGGCGAGGAAGGAGGUGCGGCCCGCCGGAGUGCCCCGGGCCCCGGGCCCAGCGCCCCGCCCCAGGUCCUUCUUCUGCCUUGGGUCCUGGUGCACCAGUGCCUUGACUGAGGUCUCCUGUUUUCCAGCCUGAGAGGGCUCUUCAGAAGCAGGCGAUGGAAAUCCUUGCAGAAUUGGUGCUGGCAUCCUUAGCAAUUCUCUCUUUUUCUGCCUGGAGUCCAGCCCAGAGCUCCCCGGGCACCUACGGGCCCAUCUUUGAGGACCAACCCAUCAGCGCCCUCUUCCCCGAGGAGUCGAGAGAGGAGAAGGUUACCUUAGCCUGCCGGGCCCGGGCGAGCCCCCCGGCCACUUACAGAUGGAAGAUGAAUGGCACCGAGAUGAAGCUGGAGCCCAACUCCCGCUACCAGCUGGUCGGGGGCAACUUGGUGAUCACAAAUCCCGUGAAAGCCGAGGAUGCGGGCGCCUACCAGUGCCUGGCCUCCAAUACCCUGGGCACUGUGGUCAGCAGAGAAGCCUUCCUCCGCUUUGGCUUCCUGCAGGAAUUCUCCAAGGAAGAGCGGGAUCCAGUGAGAAUCACCGAGGGCUGGGGGGUCAUGCUGCCCUGCAAUCCCCCUGCCCACUACCCAGGCCUGUCAUACCGCUGGCUCCUGAAUGAGUUCCCCAACUUCAUCCCCGCCGACGGACGCCACUUCGUUUCCCAGAUGACGGGGAACCUGUACAUCGCCCGCACCAACGCCUCCGACCUGGGCAAUUACUCCUGCCUGGCCACCAGCCACAUGGACUUCACCACCAAGAGUGUCUUCAGCAAGUUUGCCCGGCUCAACCUGGCGGCCGAAGAUCCCCGUCAGUUCUCCCCCAGCAUCAAGGCCCGGUUCCCCUCGGAGACCUACGCGCUAGCAGGCCAGCAGGUCACCCUGGAGUGCUUUGCCUUUGGAAACCCUGUUCCCCGGAUCAAGUGGCGCCGAGUGGAUGGCACACUGUCCCCGCAGUGGGCAGAGGGCGAGCCCACCCUGCAGAUCGCCAAUGUCGGCUUCGAGGACGAGGGGACCUACGAGUGCGAGGCCGAGAACACCAAGGGCAGGGACACCGUCCAGGGCCGCAUCAUCGUGCAGGCUCAGCCCGAGUGGCUCAAGGUGAUCUCUGACACGGAGGCCGACAUCGGCUCCGACCUGCGCUGGACCUGUGCGGCGGCCGGGAAGCCCCGGCCGACGAUGCGCUGGCUCCGAAACGGGGACCCGCUGGCCAGUCAGGCUCGACUGGAGGUGUCUGGUGGAGAGUUGAAGUUUUCCAAGCUCGCCCUGCAGGACUCGGGCAUGUACCAGUGCGUGGCAGAGAAUAAACACGGUGCCAUCUAUGCCAGUGCCGAGCUGGCUGUACAAGCCCUGGCUCCUGAUUUCCGGCUGAACCCGGUGAAGAGGCUGAUCCCGGCCGCCAGGGGAGGGGAGGUCAUUAUCCCCUGCCAACCUCGCUCCGCCCCUCGGGCCGUGGUGCUUUGGAGCAAAGGGACAGAGCUCCUCACCAACAGCAGCAGAGUGACCAUCACCCUCGACGGCACCUUGAUCCUGAGGAAUCUCAGCCGGUCAGACGAGGGAAAAUACACCUGCUUUGCCGAAAACUUCAUGGGCAAAGCCAACAGCACCGGAACGCUCUCGGUCCGAGAUGCAACAAAGAUCACCCUGGCACCCUCCAGCGCAGACGUCAACCUGGGGGAGAACUUGACCCUUCAGUGCCACGCCUCCCACGACCCCACCAUGGACCUCACCUUCACCUGGACUCUGGACGACUCCCCCAUUGACUUUGACAAGCCCGACGGGCACUACCGGAGAGCCAGCGCGAAGGAGGCCAUCGGAGACCUGACCAUUGUGAAUGCCCAGCUGAGACACGCGGGCAAGUACACGUGCAUGGCUCAGACGGUGGUGGACAGUGCAGCCGAGGCUGCCACUCUACUCAUCAGAGGUCCCCCCGGCCCCCCCGGGGGUGUGGUGGUGAGAGACAUCAGCGACACAACCGUGCAGCUCAGCUGGAGUCGGGGCUUCGACAAUCACAGCCCCAUCGCAAAGUAUACCAUCCAGGCCCGCACUCUACCCGCCGGCCAGUGGAAGCCCGUUCGAACCGAGCCGGUGAACAUCGAGGGCAACGCGGAGACGGCCCGGGUGUUGAACCUCACCCCUUGGAUGGACUAUGAGUUCCGGGUUGUGGCCAGCAACAUCCUGGGCACCGGGGAGCCCAGCGGACCGUCCAGCAAAAUAAGGACCAAGGAAGCAGCUCCCUCAGUGGCUCCGUCGGGACUGAGCGGAGGAGGCGGGGCGCCGGGGGAGCUCAUCAUCAACUGGACGCCCAUGUUGCGGGAAUACCAGAACGGCGAUGGCUUUGGCUACCUCCUGUCCUUCCGCAAGCAGGGCUCGGUGGACUGGAGGACCACCAGGGUCUUCCAGGCCGAGUCCCUGCACUACGUCUACCGCAACGAGACCAUCCAGCCCUACACGCCCUUCGAGGUGAAGAUCCGCGGCUACAACCGGAAAGGGGAGGGGCCCGAGAGUCUCACGGCCAUCGUGCACUCCGCCGAGGAAGAGCCGCGUGUGGCCCCGGCGAAGGUGACGGCGAAGGCGGCACUGGCCUCAGAGGUGGAUGUGACAUGGGAGCCUGUGACUCGAGGUGACACAAACGGUGUCCUCCUGGGAUAUGAGAUCCGCUAUUGGAAGGACGGCGACAAGGAGGCAGCAGCCGACCGGGUGAGGACGGCAGGGCUGGAUACCACGGCCCGGGUCACUGGCUUACACCCCAGCACCAAGUACCACAUCACUGUCCGGGCCUACAACCGGGCGGGCACCGGGCCUGCCAGCCCCUCCGCCAACGUCACCACCAUGAAGCCACCUCCGAGGCGGCCACCCGGCAACAUCUCCUGGAUGUUCUCCACCUCCAGUAUCACCAUCAAGUGGGACCCAGUGGUCCCACUUCCAGAUGAGUCUCCCAUCACCGGUUACAAGAUGCUGUACCGACAGGACUCGCACUCAGCACCCACCCUUCACGUGACCAACAAGAACUGGAUUGAGAUUGCAGUGCCCGAGGGCUCCAGUCACGCCCUGGUGCAGAUUCGUGCCACAGGGCCAGGGGGUGAUGGAGUCCCGGCUGAGGUCCACAUCCUCAGGAACGGAGGCACAAGCAUGAUGGUGGAGAAUUCUGCUGUCCAGCCGGCUCCGCCUCUACUGACCCUCCUCACCUGCUUCCUGGUGCUGUGGGUGUGGAUUGGCUGUAAGGAGCUCUGAUCCCAGUGCCCACCCCCUUGCCCUCCCCUGGUGGUCCCGGACAGAGGGGCAGCCACCUCAAGAUGGGUGGGACCAAUCAGCCCCGGGCGCCCCCGCCCCCGGUUGCCACAUGGCCUCCACACCCCGAGAGGGGUUGGUUUUAAAGAGUGAAUUUACAAAAUACCACUUUUUUUAGAAGAUAGGACAUUUCAUACAAGACUCCAACGAGGAUUUUUUUUUCUAAAACGAGGGGGAAGGGCCGGAGGGAAGAAUUCCUCACUCAUCCUGACUCCCAGACCCGCAGGACUGCUGCCUCUCGAAGCCACGAAGCGGAAUCCCUGGGUGGCUGCCGGGGGAGGAUUUUUAACACCCCUUCUUUGGGCUGACGGGGCCAAAACUGGGGCACAAGUGGAUCCGGCUACCCUGAACUGAAGUGGUCCAGGGAGAUGAGAAGCGGGAAAGUGGGCAGAAGGGGAAGGAGGAAGUAAAGACUACUUUAAAGGAAAA